UUCUCAAAGAAAUACACAUGAAAGUUUUAAAGAAUCGAGUGUUGUUGGAUGGUUGUUAAAGAUGUGAGAAACACUGCAGUAUGUCAUAUAUAAAUGGUGCAUCAUGGGACAGUCAGCUUUCUCUUUCAUUGCUACAACUUCUCACAGUCAUCAUGUAUAAGCUCAUAGUCUUUGCUGUCCUCCUUGAGGUGUGUUCUGCGUUCCCGUCCUUCAGAGGGCGUAUCCCUAAUGGAUUCAAUGUCACCAAUCCUUGCCCCAGUGGCGGCGUCUGGCAAGCUGUAGGCCAUUUUAAUUCCACAGCUGGAGGCGAGACGAAUCCAUUUGGUGAUGACUUCGCCUCUACUGGCUAUACAUGGACCGAAUCUCUGUGUAAAACAGAUUCGGACUUGGAUGGGUUGACCAACGGUGAAGAGCUCGGUGACCCCCAGUGCACAUGGCGUGUGGGCAACAACGUUGCUCUAAAUGAUCCCAAAGGACAUCCAGGUCUGUGUGAGCCUUUCUCUGCUCCAGCAUGCAAGAAUCAAAGGGAUGUUUGCAAAGAUAAUUAGAAAUGGAUAUUAAACUAGUUUUUAAUAAAUACAUUUAUUUAAAAAAACAACUUG